GACCUUUCAUUCUUGCAUGCUAAUGCGAUUACCAGCGUCGGUGACGAGAGAGCGGAGUUUGUUUUCGACUUCUCGAGCGAUUCACAAAAAAUGUGAGCAAGUUAACAGAAAGUGUGUUUCGUCGAAUGAUGAUUCCAACGUCUUACCAGCCUAUAGGAUCUGACUCACCUUCAGAGAACGACGACAACCACGACGAAGAAUUAGAAGACUCGCGACAGUCGACAUGGCGAAGAGCUAUUCAAAGAGUGCGCCAUAUAGAUAAGAGCUUUGUGGUAUCAAAAGCUUUCUAUUUUUUCUUCUACACCGCAUUAGGUUCGCUUUUUCCGUUUUUUAGCCUAUACUACAAACAACUAUGGCUGACUCCUGGGCAGAUUGGCCUUUUGCUUGCUCUGAGACCCGCCGUCAAACUUGUAUGCUUGCCGUUGUGGAAAAUGGUUACGGAUCGAUUCAGUAGGCCAAAAGUGGUGUACUUCAUCUCAAUUUUCGGUUGGAUCAUUGGUUAUUACGGCCAGUCCUUUGUUUUUCCGACCAAAUUACCUUGUUAUGGUUCUGCAACAGAAAUUUCAGCCAUUCAAGAUAUUGCAUUUUCGACCCCAGCUUCAAAUAUAAACAGACUCAACUCUACCGCCAAAUCUAGCAACAUUACAACAAGGGAACUUACUUUGAACAAACAUUUGUCUACUUUUGUACAAAAAUGGGACCCAAAAAGUUAUCAGAAAUUAAGCAAAAUGAAGAAAACAGAUGGGAAUUUAUUGGAAAGUGUCGUUAAAUCGGAAGACGCUUCUUCGAAAGCAAAACGUUUAACGUGGUCGCAAUUGAAUGGUCAUUAUGCAAAUAUCGACACAGAUGCAAAAUCAAGAAAGAGGAGCUUUGUUCAGCGAAGUGAAAGUACUUUUAACUUAUUUCCACGCGAAGACGCAUCAAUUGACGAUUUUAGAAAAGUCAUUAACGAUCCACAAAAUGAUAAUCGAGGAAAAAAACUUGUACUCAAGUCAGAUUCAGCACAGGAAAACAUCGUAACGAAGCAUAAAAACAAUGAGCUGCGGCCCUACGAAACAGUGAACGAUAUGCAGAGAAGUCCAAGACCAAGUGAAGAUUUCCGCGUCAAAUACAAUACCUGGGUUUUUCGUACUCUCAUUUUAAUAGUAAUUCUUACAGAAAUCAUAACGACACCUACGCCAAUGCUAGCAGACAAUGCUAUCGUAAGAUCUCUGGUGGAAACUGACAGUGUGUAUGGUAAACAAAGACUUUUUGGUUCUCUGGGACUCAGCUUAGCUGCAAUACUUGUCGCUGUGUGGGUGUCGUUGGAAACUGACUGUGUGCAUACAGACACCAUCAACUAUGUCCCGUGUUUUCACCUCUUUGAGAUUGCCAUUGGAGCUACGGUUUUGGUUUCGCUCUGCGUUGAAUUUAAUAGACCUCUUGAAGAGAAUCCGAACGAAUUUGACUUCAAAGACGCGAUGAAGCUGUUUAAAAACUUCAAAAACGGCGUGUUUAUUGUUACACUGUUCUUGUUUGGAUGUUUCCACAGCCUUCAGAAUUCGUUCUUGUUCUGGUAUCUUCAAGAUCUUGGUGGAACCCCUACCUUAUUCAGUGUUAUCCUGCUCAUUUAUUGCCUGGCUGAGGUAGUAAUGUAUUUCAUUUCGGGGUACGUGGGUGAGGCUAUUGGUCAACAAGGAAUCAUCUGCCUGGCUUUCGCCUGUUACACAGCCAGGUACCUCAUGUACUCCUACCUGAAAGAUCCUUGGCUUGUAAUUCCUAUGGAGAUGGUUCAAGGGAUUACUUAUGGAGGAGUGUGGUCCAUUGCCACGGUUUAUGUGAACGCGCCACCAGAAGCGACGCCCAUGGUUCAAAGCAUUCUUCAUGGAAGCUACUGGGGCCUGGGAAUGGCUCUCGGUUCAGGAAUCAGUGGUGUAAUCAUCGAUUUCACCAGCCCGCGCUCCAUGUUCCUCGUUGCAGCAGCAAUCUGUUUCCUACUGUGCAUGUUUCACUUAGGAAUUGACAUUUAUAACAAAAUGAAAGCUUUAGAGGAAGAGCAAGCUCAAAGGCUGGCAGUUCAACGCGGUGAAGCAAAGCCGUCUAAAUCCCAUGAAAGUGCCUUUAUCGGGGCAGCGGCUGCUCCAUUAGUGCCAUGCCUUCUUUACGGCAGAUAGCGUUGAAACAUUUUUGUAAUUCGCAUUUAAAAUUUUUCCACGUUCAUUUGGAGAAAUCUUGUAAGGUCACUAACUUUGUCGAACUUUGGUUCUCUGUCUGUCCAAGUUAUUUCGUUCUUAAAUUUUGUUAAGGGAGUAAAACAAUAUUUAAAACAAGAACUACAUACAUAGCAUUUGUACCUAGAAACAUAUUUAAAACAGUAAAGGUACGGUCAGUU